AUGGCAUUGGCCGCCUCUCCAUCUCUUCGCACCCUCAAAUCUCGGCAGAAGGACCAAGUCCGCUUCCAUGUCGACCAAAAAGGGGUAAUAGAAAGCCACAUCCUCCCUCAGAUUCUGUUCGACGAUCCCGACGAUCCCAACUAUCCCGUAACACAAAUUGAUGGCGCAGACCCAACGACAUUGUCUCUCGGAGCGUCAGAAUUAGCGACGGCACCAGGCCUCAAGGUUGCACAAGAUCACACAUCCUCCAGAUCAGGUUCAGUCAUCCUCGAGAAGCAGCCUGUACCCGAGAUAAAGAUGCCUGACAAAAAAUACACCCGCCUCUUGCGUAACCUACGGUGGACUAUUUUCUCCGUGUAUCGCCGUCUCAACGCCCUCGCUCUGGCUGCCAAUAUCAUCGCCAUCAUUGUGCUGGUUACACAGCAUAGACUUCUCUCCAUGUCACCAGAGUGGACUGCGACCGCUGUAUCUAUCAAUCUGACAGUGGCUGUCCUGGUCCGACAAGAAUUGAUCAUCAAUGCUCUCUUCUGGAUGUUCGGCAAAUGUCCCAGGUGGUUCCCACUGCGAUUUCGUCGCUUGGCGGCAAAGAUCUAUCAUCUGGGGGGCCUACACAGCGGAGCGGGCAUGGCGGCAGUCGUGUGGUUCGCCGUUUUUAAUGUAUCAAUCGUCAGAGCCUUGCGGACUGGAGCUUUGCGUCUACACCAGAACAGCAUACCCAUCAUCACCGUCAUCCUUGACGUCCUCCUGAUCUCCAUCAUUGCCAUGGCUCAUCCCGGCAUACGCGCGAGGAUACACAAUCAGUUUGAGCUGGUUCAUCGCUUUGCCGGUUGGACAGCUGUGGCUUUGUUUUGGGCCGAGUUCGGUCUCCUGGCAGAUGCAAGAGUCCACGAUGCCGCCUUCAGCAUCCCGGCUCAACGACUAGUCCUCGAAAGCCCCAUCUUCUGGACGCUUAUGAUUGCCACCAUUUCGAUUGCCUUGCCAUGGGUAUGGUUGAGAAAGGUCGUGGUCAACGCAGAGCCUCUGUCCGACCAUGCUAUACGUCUCCACUUUACCUAUACAAACUUGCCUCUCUGUGCUGCUCCUCGACUGUCCGACAGCCCCCUUCUGGAAUGGCAUGCAUUUGCUGGCAUCCCAGAAGAGGACGGCCGCGGCUUCUCGGUUCUUGUAUCCAAGGCUGGAGACUGGACGUCUCGGCUGAUCAGGUCACCGCCUACGAAAUUAUGGGUCCGUGGCAUUCCCACGAUGGGAGUGCUGCAUGUGGCCCCAAUCUUCAAGAAAACGGUUUUGGUGGCCACCGGCUCGGGAAUUGGUCCCAUAAUGUCACUGUUACAUAAGAGGGACAUUUCGUGCCGAAUACUCUGGUCUACCCCUGAUCCCGAAGUCACCUAUUCGAAGCGCGUCAUCGACGUUGUCCGUCGAGCUGAUCCGGAUGCUAUCAUCAUCAACACAACCGUCUCUGGAAGACCCAACCUUGUAAAACAGGCCUAUGAGCUGUUUGUUUCGUCCGAGGCGGAAGCUGUAUUCGUCAUCUCCAAUCCCAGGGUCACGAGAAGAGUCGUUUAUGACUUGGAGAGCCGGGGAAUUCCUAUUUUCGCUCCUAUCUUUGACUCGUAG